AUGAUCGUUGACCUAUUGAUCAGCAUCACACAUUCUUCUAUUUUCCGGAUCAUCAUAGCUUUAGCUCUUAGCACCUUUCUGUAUGAAGCCAUCCGUGGGCCCCGACUCUAUCCCGGAUUUCCUCUAGUCGGUGUCGACACAAAGGACGGUUAUCGCCGUGGGCUUACCAAGGCCCGAGAGGAAUGGGCCGCCCAGGGAAAGCAAAUCAUUGAGCAGGGCAUGAAACAGGCAAAUAUUCGCAUUACCCACUUUUAUUUUGGACCUAAGCUUGUCCUGCCCAAUCGCUUCGUGGACGAGAUACGCAACCACCCCGACUUUCAUUUUGGGAAGGCUAUAUCCGCUGAUUUCUUUGGGUCAUAUCCCGGUUUCCAGCCCUUUACCGUGGACAGCUCGUCUCAAGUUCUCGUGGAUACUGUGAAAGGCAGGCUCACACAAUCACUCAGUGAAUACACCACUCCAGGCUCUACCUCCAAAUCAAUACUAAUUAUGUUUGCUCACGAUUUAGACCUCAUUGUGGAGGAGCUCGCGGAUGAGACAAACAAAGCUGUCGAUAAGCUCUUUGGUAAUCCGGAAAAGUACGCCCUUGAUGCUUUCAUUGCCGCACGCGCCCUGCGACAGUGGCCUUUCGCCCUCCGUCCUAUUAUACACUGGUUUCUACCGGAGUGCCGCAAGCUCAGAGCGACCCUUGGGGAAGCGCGGAGAAUUUUGAAGUCCGUUAUCGAGAAGCGCCGCCAUGAAAACAGGGAGCGCCGCGAUGCUGGACAAGGUCCAUCCAAGGUGGCAGACACUAUUGGCUGGAUGGAUGAGGCCGCUAAAGGGAAAGCCUACGAUGUGGCGGUCGCUCAGCUUGGCCUCUCGCUUGCGGCCAUUCAUACCACGACCGAAAUGGUGAGCGGCCUCAUUAGUGACCUCUGUGCCAAUCCUGAGUACUUUGAACCCCUGCGUGAGGAGAUAGCCUCCGCUGUGGCAGAUAAGGGCUGGUCGAAGAAGGCACUGCAGGAUUUGAAACUUAUGGAUAGCGCAAUGAAGGAGUCACAGAGACAUCACUUUGGCGAUAUUGCUGCAAUGCAUCGUAUGACUAUAAACCCUGUCACGCUGUCAGAUGGUACACGAAUUCCCGAAGGGACUCUGACAAUGGUUGGCAUCAACCAGACAGAUAAUGCAGAUAUAUUUCCCGAGUCUCAUAAAUACAAGGCCAAGCGAUUUCUCAAUAUGCGUCAAAAACCUGGGCAGGAACACCGUUGGCAAUUUGUCUCGACUUCACCCGAGCACCUUGCCUUUGGUCAUGGCAAGCACGCUUGCCCUGGACGAUUUUUCGCCGCAAAUGAGAUCAAGGUUGUGCUGAUCUUCCUUCUCAUGAACUAUGAUUGGAAGUUUACUGCCGAGGGCUGUAAGGUCGACAAGUCAUUUGGUCAGGAGACGGAUACUGACCCGACCGCUAAAGCGAUGAUCAGGAGGAGGAAGCUAGGAGUCACGAUGUGA